AUGUUUGGUUGUGAUGUUUGUGGACAGUGUUUCUGCCUGAAGAGUAUCCUGAAAAAUCACAUGAAAGUUCAUGCAAAAGAGAAGCGACACUUUUGUAGCAAAUGUGAUGAAGUAUUUGAGUUUCGGGGUGAAUUGAAACUGCACACCUUACGUUGCCAUUCAUCCACAGUUGCUGUGGCUACUAAGUAUUUAGGGAAGAACUUUGAAUGUGAACUGUGCAACAAGGUCUUCAUAGCUCCAAGUGCCCUGAAAGCCCACAUUGUCUGCCAUGCUGGAGAAAAUCCAUACAGUUGUCAAUUUGAAACGUGUGGAGAUCGGUUUUCAACGAAGCGUGCUUUGAGAGAGCAUGUCAAGUCGGCUCAUUCUGGGGAGAAGAAUUUCGUAUGUGAUUGUGGGAAGAUCUUCGAUAGGAGAGAUAACUUUGAGACGCAUAAAACUGCUGUACAUCGCAAGGAAAAGCCAUACGAAUGUGAUGUCUGUGGCCGAUGUUUUGCUGAUAAAAGUAACGCCUUGCGGCAUAAGUUGACCCACUCGGGGUUGUUUUACCUCUGUUCUUUAAAAUUGUUUGUCUAUAUUUUGCAGAGUGUUGGUGGAGAAGGGCAGUGGGACUGGAAACUAAAAGAUUGGAGCAAGCCGGACAAAGGAACGCAGCCCAUAGUCCGCACAAAAAGUAACAGCAAGCCAUAUGAAUGUGAUAUUUGUGGAAAGCAUUAUAGUUACAGUAUUACUUUGAAACGUCACAUGAGACUUCACACGGGAGAGAGGCCUCAUGCGUGUAAUGAAUGUGGUGAAUGUUUCAAGUACAAAGACGAUUUGAGAAAGCAUGUCUUACAGUGCCAUCCAUCAACAGAUGCGGCUGCUUUAGAACAACGAAAAAUGUUCCCGUGUAAAUUUUGCGACAAGGUCUUCACUGUGCCGAGCACGCUGAAAGCUCACAUGCCGAUACAUACUGGGGAGAAGCCUUACUGUUGUGAAAUUUGCGGGAACCGUUAUUAUGCCAAAGGGGCCUUGAAGAAGCAUGUGUACUAUAUCCACAGCGGGACGUUAGAGAAACAAUACACCUGUGAUGUUUGUGGCAAAAGUUUCCUGAAAAACGCUCAACGUAAGAAGCAUAAAAUAGCUGUACAUGACAAGGCAAAACCUUAUAAAUGUGAAAUUUGUGAGAAGUGCAUCGCGGAUAGAAGUAACUUUGUUCGGCAUAUGUUGACGCAUUCUCAGGUCCGGCCAUUUAUAUGUGAAAUUUGUGGGAAAAGUUUUGUUCAAAAGUACAAUUUAGUGAUACAUGUGAGGAAUCAUACAGGAGAGAAACCAUUUUCUUGUAAAAUUUGCGGAAAAGGAUUUGCUGACAAACGGGAGGUGAAAAGGCAUGAGAAAAAUGUGCAUUUCCAAUGAGGUCUCAUUCAGAGUCAUUCGAAAUUCUUGUUUCUCAGUGUAUCAUACUGUACAAGGGGCCGGUUGCUUAAAGGCCAUUCGUUAAAAAUUAGUAAAAUUGAAUUUGA